CUGCGGAGGAGGAGCACAUCAGGCAGUGCUUUGAAGAACAGCGCCACAUGACGAAGUGUCAGAUUUACUUAACAGCAAAUUCCUUUCUGUGGAGUAGAAGUGAAUAUAUGAAAAGGAUCUCUUUGCUUCAAUGUGUGUGACAGAGGAGUCUGGUGUUUUCCAUUGUCAAACACGUACCAGAUGACCAUCCUUGUGUCAACCCUGACUCAGAGCAAAGCUAAGGUAGUUGCAGGUAAAGUGUCUGUGUGUGCUUAUGUUCCUGAGCUUCCCUCUGACUAUGGCGGAGGUCCCUGGUCCAUGCAGACACUCCAUCACUAGGGAGCACCUGCUAACAGUCAGGCAACUGAUGGAUAACCAGUUGAGAAGUGGCUGCUCAAUAACGUACACAUUCAUAGAGCGGAGAAGUUUGAGCAAAUGUUGCUUUGUGAAAGCUGCUUUACCCUGGAUCCUGGAGCUCCUCACCACCCACUUCAAAUAUAAUCGGGGUUCAGUCAAUGACGGCUAUGUUCAGUCCUUGAGAGCGCUCAUCCUCAACAUCUAUUCUCAGAAAUGUGUGCCUCAGCUAAAUGAAGAGAUCGAGGAUAAGCCAGAGAGUUUUGAGAUGCUGUACAGAGGACCUCCAUCGGAAGCGCUACAGAGAGCUUCAGAGGUGUUGUCUGUUUAUUGGGAGCUUGUGACCACAAGUGACGCACCAGUUGACUGGAGGUGCCAGCACGAAUACACAGAAAGCUUUAGCUCUUCCACAGAGCUCUCCACGGCGUGGCCCACAGAAUAUUUCACAGACAGUUAUGAUACGAACUCAGCGAUGGCCUCUCAAACAAGACCAGUUAGAGACCUAUACAAGCUCGGGUUCAUCAUUGCAUCCGUCAGCGGAGGACUGCUGCUCAUACUGACUCUCUACUGUCUCAUCACACACAAGAAAACUCACAACCCUCAUGGCUCAAGCUUACACACGAACUCACGCAGAGACCCACAGGAGAUGGAGAUGGAGCCCCAGUAAUGCAGUGAAGAGCACAUCACUGCAGCACCGGACAGAGCACUUGUGAAGCUGUACAUUUCGUGCCACACGAGCAAGUUUCCAGCGUGUGUAAUGUAUCAUGCUCAGCUAUUUAAUCGGAAGCUUCGCCUUGACCGAGAACAGAGAUGGACGUUAUUUUGAAUGCUAUGUAUAUUAUGUCAAUGCGUUAUCUAUUGCAGAUAUCUUCUCAAGUUCACUAAAGAAGUUUUAUUUUUUAUGUCGAAUAAUGUGUCUCCAUUUGCUACCACUUAACCAACAUUUUGUAAUGUUUUUUUUGUUUUGUUUUUGUUUUUUUUCCCAAACAUUUCCACAAGUUAUUUAUUAUCAUCACUUUAUUCAAUCACUGUAUUGAUAAUAAAAGUUAACCAUCAAUACUGAACGUAAAUGCAUAAUCUC